UAAAAAUUAAAAUUAGGGUUUCCCCACAGUCGUCUCCAUUUCAUUUUCUCAGAGAGCGAAGCUUUGUUCCAGCGGCGGCGAUGGUGAAAGGGAGGCAGGGUGAGCGCGUCCGGCUCUAUGUCCGUGGAACAGUCCUCGGAUACAAAAGGUCGAAGUCGAAUCAGUACCCAAACACGUCGCUGAUACAGAUAGAGGGAGUGAACACACAAGAGGAAGUAGCGUGGUACCUUGGGAAGAAAAUGGCGUACAUUUACAAGGCCAAGGUUAAGAAGAACGGAUCUCACUACCGUUGCAUUUGGGGCAAGGUUUCCCGCCCUCACGGUAACAGCGGCGUCGUUCGCGCCAAAUUCAAGUCCAACCUUCCCCCUAAAUCCAUGGGAGCUAGAGUGAGGGUGUUCAUGUACCCGAGCAACAUUUGAGUGACUGGGCGUCGUGUAGGCUUUAUCAGGAGCACUGCAUGAAGAGAGACCAUCGAGAUUUUAACUUUUUUCCUUUUUUGUUUUUUUGGGUAAGAAAAUUCGUAUAACGCGAAGUUAUGUACACUUUUGGCCGGUAAAGCUUGAUGAUUUAUGAUUUAUUUGUCGGAUAAUAUGUUAGCUUUAUAUCUUUAAAUAGCUAUCCGCUGCUCUCUUAUGCUAGUUCGUAUUUAUUUUUACCUUA